AUGCUCCUCUGCCGCCCCUUCGCUCGUGCUAGCCGUUCCUUGCCACGCGCCCUCUUUCACUGUGCUGCCCCACACUAUGCUCUCAAGCGCUUCAAGCUUGCCGACAUCGGGGAGGGUAUCACAGAGUGCGAGGUCAUCAAGUGGAGCGUCAAGCCUUUCACUCCGGUCAAUACCUUCGACCCUCUGUGCGAGGUUCAGAGCGACAAGGCCAGCGUGGAGAUCACUAGUCCUUUCGACGGCAUCAUCAAAGAGUUACUGGUCGAGGAGGGGCAGGUUGCCAAAGUCGGCCAGGACCUUUGCACCAUCGAAGUCGUAGACGACCUCGCUUCAACUACAGAUUCCCCGCCCCCGGCCCCCUACGAGACUUCAGAAGCCAAGAUCCUCGCCACUCCGUCCGUCCGGCACUAUGCUCGUCAACACAAUGUAGACCUCCGCCAGCUCCAUCCAGGCACUGGUAGAGCCGGCCGCAUUGAAAAGCGUGAUAUUGAUGGUUUCCUCCAAGCCGGCCCCGCGUCUGCUCCCGCAGCUACAGGUCGGCCAGGUUCGGAGAUCGUCGUCGAGCUGAAUCGCACCAGACAAAAUAUGUGGAAGGCCAUGGAAAAGAGCCUUGCCAUCCCUCAGUUUAGCUGCUCCUCGACUCUCGACCUCACAGAGCUUCACCGCAUGCUGCCCUUGCUGAACGCCCACAUUCCGCGGCAUUACUUGCCUGCGGCCUCUCACCAACGAGAACCUCGCGACGUCAUUUCUCCGGACUCGUUCUACGUGUCCCCAGUCCCCCACGAAGCCGAGCAUGACCUCCGUCCGCACGCGGACAUCAGCCUCGCGCUCUCGACGCCGACGGGGCUCUACACGCCCACGCUCCAGGCGGCGGACACCCAGAGCGUGUACGAGCUCGCGUCGCGCGUCAAGCACGUCGCGCACCUCGGCCGCCAGGUUCCGUGCGCGCUCACACCGCAGGACAUGCCGCGCAGGGGCGGCACGGUGAGCGUGUCGAACGUGGGUGGGAUCGGCGCGGUUGACAGCGCGGUCCCCGUCCUCGUGCCCGGGGGCGGGGUUGCGAUCGUGGCGGUCGGGCGGGCGAAGUGGGUGUGGGACGUCGACAGGGGAGACGGGAAGGGAGAGCGGAGGCUUAUAGUCGGCAUGAGCUGGUCGGCGGAUCAUCGCGUGGUCGAAGGGGCGGAGAUGGUCGCGUUCAUGCAGGCUUGGAGGAACUGGGUUGAGGUCCCGCAGAGGAUGAUUGCGGACGGACUGUAG